GAACAUCAAUCUGUUGCACCAUGUGUUAUAACUUUGCUUUUGGAGUGUGUAUGUAACGUUACACAACGGCAUGCAUUGAGUCAAGGGAAGCACGUCUGUCUUGUGGGUGAUUUCUUUUUUAACUAAAUUGAGAUUAUGAUAUUAACAUACCUCCUUCGUGGGUGCAGUUCAAAAUAUGGACAGGUAGCACUAUCGAGCACUCGUUUUUGCAAUAAUUGCUGCAGCUUCAGAGGAGUAGCGACAUCCAGAAGUCAUGUCUUUCUCAGGAGGAUCCCCCAGAGAUUCCUCAAUCCGUCACGGGGUGCUAAAACUAACAGGAGAAAACAGAGCCAGGAAGAUGACUGGAAGAAAAGGAACAAGACUGUCCUCACAUACAUUGCGGCUGCCGGGGUCGGGAUGAUUGGCAUGUCGUAUGCUUCUGUUCCACUCUACAGACUGUACUGUCAAGCAACAGGGUUGGGAGGUGCAGCUGUAGCAGGACACGACACUGAGCAAGUGGAGACGAUGAAGCCAAUCAGGGAUCGUGUUAUUAAAGUGACUUUCAAUGCAGACACACAUGCCAGCAUGCAAUGGAACUUCCGUCCACAGCAGUCAGAAAUUUAUCUCGUCCCAGGAGAAACUGCGCUGGCCUUCUACAGGGCAAAGAAUCCCACAGACAAACCUGUUAUAGGGAUUUCAACUUACAAUGUGGUGCCUUUUGAUGCUGGACAAUACUUCAAUAAAAUACAGUGCUUCUGUUUUGAGGAGCAGAGGUUAAACCCACAUGAGGAGGUAGACAUGCCUGUUUUCUUUUAUAUUGACCCAGAGUUUGAUGAUGACCCCAGAAUGGCUCGAGUUGACACUAUAACGCUCUCAUACACAUUUUUUGAAGCCAAGGAAGGACAAAGAUUACCCAUUCCUGGUUAUAGUUAAAUAAACAAUAUGCUUUAUUAUUUAUGCUGUACUUUUAAUCAGAAUGAAAUUAUAUUAACUCAAAUUAUAUUUUGUGUGAAUAUGCUGUAUGUAUAUGUGAUGUCACAUUGCACUUUAAAUAAUUAUACGGCCUGAAUUUAUCAUAGAUAACCAAGAUCAACUGAAGGUCCGUGAUAAUGUUGGAAAGUAAUGAAGGCAUUUCAUAUCUGUCUGUGAGAUUUGUGGUCAUAAUAAAAAUUUAAAUUCUCAUUUA